AUGGUAGGUUUGUGAUGGAAGGUUAAGCGGUCAUUUAUUAAAAUUAGUUAAUUGCUUAAUUCGGUGCUCUCCUUUCGAAUCUUAAACUGUAUUACGGUUAUCGAUAGCUAAAACUAUUCACUACAUAAUUUUAAAUUAGUUUUUUUAAAAAUGAAAUUGUUUUUACAAUGAUAACGAGUCUUUAACUGUAAAUUUGCACAAAAGCAGUAUCCCUUACUGUAACUUUGCUACACCGUAAUCACUAGAAACCUUUUUUAAUUGAGAAUAUUUAAGCUUAAAAAUUGCGGCUUAAAGUGCUUUAGUAUAAUAUAUUGAUUUAAAUUAAUGUUUUCCGCAAAAAUUUGGCGUUGUGUUACAGAAAACUUUUUAGCCUAAUAUAAAGGUGAGAAACGGGCUAGGCUUACUUUUAAGGCCCGCCCCAGGAUCGACGUACGUAGGCUACGUAUAGACCCGGCCGGUUUUCAUUUUUUUUGAAGGAGUGUUCAAAUUUAGCUAAAGGUCGGUCCGGCUCAAUCGUAGAGUCUGGUCAAGCCUACAGGGUCCGUUUUUACCAUAACGUCAAAAUAACCGCAAAGUAAAAUAAAUUUUUCGUGAUUUUGAUAAGCAAAAGUUUAAUCAACUUUUAAAUACGUUAAAAACUGAAAUUUACGCCUUAACUAUAAGCAUGUGAUUACUCAGUUUCGUCACCAUACUACAUGACAAACAACAAGUAUUAAUGUUCUAAACCACUUGAACAGGAUAAACAACUAUUUGUUGUUGUGUAGGACGAUUUGUUUGUCAGCUGACAAUUAAAAAGCGUGGUAACUUUCCAAAAUGACAUAAAAUGAUAGCUUUUAUGUUACUUUUGAGUUGGAAAGGUCAAAAUAGUUUAGUUCAGCCUAUAAUUUACUAUAAUAAAAAAUAUUUAAAAUUCUGAAAAAGUUCAAGAUAAAGGGUAAUGUAACACAAUAUUUAGUGCUUUAUAGUACAUUAUGAAAAAGUCAAAACCAAAAACACUAUAAUUAAUUAAAAAUUACAGGGAGAAAACGGUAACAGCGAUCUGGUCUCCAAGUUUCCUGAUGUAAAUCCAUUUUUACUACAGAAAUGGGAACGUAUCUUCACCAUGUUCUUCGGUAUGUCUCAAAUAGAAACAGUCGCGUAAUUUAACUACUUUUUAAGGCUUUGUCAAAACAUUAUUUCAGGUUAAAAACUUUUUAUAAACAUUUUUUGCAUGAUAAUAGACAUAGUUAUAUGGAGCUAACUUUACUUGCAGAAAGUUACUCUGUAAACAACAAUUUGCCAGGAUUUUCAAAUAAUUCUAUGCUCUCUAAACCCAAAAAUUCGCUUUGAGAGAGGGCACAGAAUUAUUUGAACAGCCUAAUAGUUCGCAAAAAAUUAAAUUUAAACAUACUAACCUCUUAAGCCUAAACUUACCAACCCCUUAGGUCUAAACAUAUUAACCUUAUAGUUAGCUUUACAUUUAAAAUUACAGACCGAAACCUGUCGCACAAUGUUGAUUGGGGAGACUUUUACUUGGUCGUAAGGGUAAGUAAACAGUGUCAUUCUAUAUUGGCCAAAACCCUAUAUAAGCAAAAACAACAUAAUUUUUUACCUAAAGAAUAGAACAACUAAUAUUAAGUAGCAUAUUCUUUUUAUAAUUAGACCUAACCAUAAAACUUACAGCGAUGCCGCGACGUAUACGGCGCCGAAUCCACGCAAAUUGGCUACGCUCGCAAAUCGAUGGAAGCCCUAUGGCAAGGUCUAUGUAAAGCUGCCGAUGCCGACCGUGACAAGUUGAUCUCAUUGGAAGAAUGGGUCGGACUGAUAAAAGAUGUGAACAGGAAGAAGGACGAACACCCCAAGUGGCUGGAUGACUACCAAAGCUUCAUGUUCAAGCUGUUCGAUGUUUCUGGUGGGUUUUUAGAGCGAUGGCAAUGGGAAACGGGCUACAAAUAUUAAAAUAGGCAAAAAAAUUGAAAUCAAAAUCCAUAAUUUUAUAAAAAAACUUUCUAAAAUUGCAAAAAAAAAGCUUUAAAACGCAAAAAAAUUUCAAAAGUCAGAAGAACAACCUUUCCCACUUCCAGGCGACGGUGUCCUAGACCAAGCCGAAUACGCGGAUGGUAUGAGUUUGUACGGAUUCUCGUACAAAGAGUGCGUCGAAGCCUUCAAGAAGUUUGCGGUAACUGACAAAGGAGAAGCCAUUGACCGUAUCACUCCUCAACAAUGGAAGGACAUGUUCCUUCAGCUCUUCUUCUCCACCGACCACGCCGCCCCCGGCAAUCAUUUGUUCGGAAAUGUCGCCGAAAUUUGA